UCUUCAAGUGCAAAAGCCUUCCUCGUCUUCCUAGUUCUUCUUCGGGGUUUUUAAGAAAAUCCAAAACAUUACAGAUAAAGAGAGAGAGAGAGAGAGAGAAGAAGAUGAAGGUGUUGUGGGUGAUCCUACUUUCAUACACUCUGUAUCACCAUGUGUUAGCCGAUCAGAUCUUCUCAGCCCAAGUUGCAGGUGGCACAUUUGGUCGCAGCUUCCGUGAACCAAAGUAUAAGAUUGAAUUCCAUCCAGAAGAUUCACCUUUUCAUCCUGAUGGUGAUCAGGAGUCUGUGGUUAUGCCCAAUAAAAAUGGGGAGAAUUUUUUAUGUUUUUUGCCUAAGGUGGAGAAAGCCAAGAGUGGAAAGCCAGUUACUAGGCACAACACAAGCAGCAUGAUAGUGGAAAGUGAAAAACGAAUUAAAUUAAAGACACCAGAUGAGCUGCUUGAAGCACUGAAGGACCGAUGCUUGAUCAGACAAGAAGGCUGGUGGUCAUAUGAAUUUUGCUAUCAGAAAAAGUUACGUCAAGUUCAUUUGGAGAAUGAAAAGGAGGUUCAGGAGUUUGUCUUAGGUCAGUACGAUGCGGAGGCCACAGCUGCUUUCAACCAGAAUCUCUCUGAUAUUUCUGAAUUGAAAGAUCCCCACUCAAAAGAUGCAUCUCAAAGGUAUCAUGCUCAUCAGUAUACAAAUGGAACCAUGUGUGAUCUUACCAAUCAGCCACGAGAGACUGAGGUGAGAUUUGUAUGUGCAGAGACCAGAGCUAUGAUUAGUUCUAUUACAGAGCUGUCCACUUGCAAGUAUGCACUUACGGUUCAAUGCCCAACGCUUUGCAAGCACCCAUUGUUCCAAGAAGAGAGACCAGUGUGGCACACCAUUAACUGUAAUGUGCUUCCUAAAGACUAUAAGGAUACAAAAGUGGGGGAAGAAUCCAAAGAAAAGCAGAUUCUUAUGGUCACAGACGAUGAAGCUCCUUCUAGUUAUGAUUCAAAAGAGUGACAGACAUUGAUACAUAGAGCUUUGUCGAUACAAAUUAAAUGAGUCAAAAGAAUGACUGUUGUAUGGCUCUCUGCUUUCUUUUGCAUAUAAAUGCAGUAGAUAGAUAGGUUUUCCUUUUUUUUUUUUUUUUUUUUUUUUCCGAAGAUAAUCGAUCCUUCCAGGUUUUUGUUUAAGAUCAUCAUACUCUCCAAUUAAAAAAAAGUUCAUCAUACUUGUGGAUA